GAACACCUUUUGGCUGCCCGCUGCCCAGACACACCUGCAGCCCUGCCUAGCCAGCUCUCCUCACCCGCGCUCAUAAAUGCCACAGACAUGAACCAGCCCAGGCCCCGCUACGUGGUAGACAGAGCUGCGUACUCUCUCACCAUCUUCGAUGAUGAGUUUGAGAAGAAGGACCGGGCGUACCCUGUGGGAGAGAAAAUUCGCCAUGCCUUCAGGUGCUCUUCAGCCAAGGUCAAAGCUGUGGUGUUUGGGUUGUUGCCUGUGCUCUCCUGGCUUCCCAAAUACAAGAUCAAAGACUAUAUCAUACCUGACAUGCUUGGUGGACUCAGUGGGGGAUGCAUCCAGGUGCCACAAGGCAUGGCAUUUGCUCUGCUAGCCAACCUUCCUGCAGUCAAUGGCCUCUACUCCUCCUUCUUCCCCCUCCUAACCUACUUCUUCCUGGGGGGUAUACACCAGAUGGUACCAGGUACCUUUGCCGUUAUCAGCAUCCUGGUGGGUAACAUCUGUCUGCAGCUGGCCCCAGAGUCAAAAUUCCGGGUCUUCAACAAUGCCACCAAUGAGAGCUAUGUGGACACAGCAGCCAUGGAGGCAGACAGGCUGCACGUGUCAGCAACACUUGCCUGCCUGACUGCCAUCAUCCAGAUGGGCCUGGGUUUCAUUCAAUUUGGCUUUGUAGCCAUCUACCUGUCUGAGUCCUUCAUCCGGGGUUUCAUGACAGCUGCUGGCCUGCAGAUCCUGAUCUCAGUGCUCAAGUACAUCUUCGGCAUGACCAUCCCCUCCUACACAGGUCCAGGGGCCAUCAUCUUAACCUUCAUUGACAUUUGCAAAAGUCUCCCCCACACCAACAUCGCCUCGCUCAUCUUCGCCCUCAUCAGCGGUGUCUUCCUGGUGCUGGUGAAGGAGCUCAAUGCUCGCUACAUGCACAAGAUCCGUUUCCCCAUCCCUACGGAGAUGAUUGUGGUGGUGGUAGCAACAGCUAUCUCCGGAAGCUUUAAGAUGCCCAAAAAGUAUCACAUGCAGAUCGUGGGAGAGAUCCAACGUGGGUUCCCCACUCCGGUGUUGCCCGUGGUGUCACAGUGGAAGGACAUGGUGGGCACAGCCUUCUCCCUGGCCAUUGUGGGCUACGUCAUCAACCUAGCUAUGGGCCGGACCCUGGCCAGCAAACACGGCUAUGGAGUGGAUUCUAACCAGGAGAUGAUUGCUCUGGGCUGCAGCAACUUCUUUGGCUCCUUCUUUAAAAUCCAUGUCAUUUGCUGUGCUCUGUCUGUCACUCUGGCUGUGGAUGGAGCAGGAGGAAAAUCCCAGGUAGCGAGCCUGUGCGUGUCUCUAGUGGUGAUGAUCACCAUGCUGGUCCUGGGGUCCUAUCUGUACCCUCUCCCCAAGGCUGUGCUGGGAGCCCUGAUAGCUGUCAACCUUAAGAACUCCCUCAAGCAACUCGCUGACCCCUACUACCUGUGGAGGAAGAGCAAGCUGGACUGUUGUAUCUGGGUGGUGAGCUUCCUCUCCUCCUUCUUCCUGAGCCUGCCCUAUGGUGUGGCAGUGGGUGUCGCCUUCUCCGUCCUGGUUGUGGUCUUCCAGACCCAGUUUCGAAAUGGCUAUGCUCUGGCUCAGGUCAUGGACACCGACAUCUAUGUGAAUCCCAAGACCUACAGUAGGGUCCAGGAAAUUGAAGGGAUUAAAAUCGUCACUUACUGCUCUCCUCUCUACUUUGCCAACUCAGAGAUCUUCAGGCAAAAGAUCAUUGCCAAGACAGGUAUGGAUCCCCAGAAAGUGUUACUUGCCAAGCAGAAAUGCCUCAGGAAGCAGGAGAAGAGAGCAGCGCCCACACAGCAGAGGAAGUCUCUCUUCAUGAAAACCAAGACUGUCUCCCUGCAGGAACUGCAGCAGGACUUUGAGACCCCCUCCCCAAUCGACCCCAACAAUAACCAAACACCUGCGAAUGGCGCCGGCAUCUCCUAUAUCACCUUCAGCCCCAACACCUCCUCAGCCACCCCGUGUGAGCCCCCCGCCUCUGCUGAGUCCCUCAGUGAGCCCAGUGACACUCUGGCCAGUGUCCCGCCCUUUGUCACCUUCCAUACCCUCAUCCUUGACAUGAGUGGAGUCAGCUUUGUGGACUUGAUGGGCAUCAAAGCCCUGGCCAAGCUAAGCUCCACCUAUGCGAAGAUCGGAGUCAAGGUCUUCUUGGUGAACAUCCAUGCCCAGGUGUACAAUGACAUCCGCUCCGGAGGUGUCUUCGAGGAUGGAUGUGUAGAGCACAACCAUGUGUUUCCCAGCAUUCAUGAUGCAGUCCUCUUUGCCCAGGCAAAUGCCAGAGAAGUGGCCCCAGGACACAGCUUCCAAGGGGCUGCAGGAGACACUGAGCUCUCUUUAUACGAUUCAGAGGAGGACAGCCCCAGCUAUUGGGACUUAGAACAGGAGAUGUUUGGGAGCAUGUUUCAUACAGAGACCCUGACUGCCUUAUGA